AUGCAGCACGAUGAGGUUAUAUGGCAGGUUAUCAGGCACAAGCACUGCAGUUACAUGGCAAAAAUCGAAACCGGAAUCUUCUGCAAAAACACUUACAAUGUAACCGGUAUCUGCAAUCGUAGCUCUUGCCCACUUGCCAACAGCCGAUACGCCACCAUCCGUAACCACGAUGGAGUCUUUUAUUUGUACAUGAAGACUAUAGAGAGAGCUCACAUGCCAAAGAACUUGUGGGAGAGGAUUAAGCUGCCUAGAAACUAUGAGAAAGCUCUUGAGCUCAUUGACAAACACUUGUUGUACUGGCCCAAGUUGUUGCAGCACAAGGUUAAGCAGAGACUGACAAAAAUGACUCAGAUGCGAAUCCGUAUGAAGAAACUUAAACUCAAAACAAGGGAGGUAGUAAUGACGAUGCCUAGGAGGGACACAAAGAGGGAGAAGAGAAGACAGGACAAGGCUCUGACAGCUGCUAAGUUGGAAACGGAGAUUGAAAUGGAGCUGGUAAACCGUUUGAAGAAAGGCGUUUACCCCGAGGCGAUAUACAAUUUGGAUGAGCAUGAGUUUAUGAUGGCUCUUAACAAAGUUAAAGAGGAUGUUGAAGAAGAAGAAGAAGAAGAAGAAGAAGAAGAAGAAGAAGAGGAGGCGGAGGUUGAAUAUGUUGAACUCGAAGACGAAGAAGAAGAAGAAGAAGAAGAGGAUAUAGAAGACUUUUCAACUUAUCCAUCUAAGGAGUCUCACCUUGACAAUGAUGAUCAUGACUCAGAAGAUGAGGCUGGCGAUGAUGAUGAGGAGCCGCAAGUUGUGAUUCAUAAAAAGGAAAGAGCUUUAAGUAAGCGUGAUGAGAAUGGAAAAGCGAAGAAGAAAUCAAGAGUAGUUGUUGAGGUUGAGCAUGAUGGAGAUACGAGGCAAAACCUGAAACGCCUGAAGCUUUGA